GGAUGUAACGCGAAGCACGAGGCAGCCGCGCCCACCACGAAGUCCCUGCCCCGCCUUCCUCGAGGAGGGCAGUCGGCGGAUGGUGCCGGGCGAGACUUUUCGCGCGUCCUCCCCUGCGGUUGCUGCGCGUCUCGUUCAACGGCCGCGUCACGUGACGACGGUGCUCGAAGGGGGCCCGGAGUGACGGAAGAGGCGUGCGGGAGGAGGGCGCUGAAGGGCUGGUCGGCCGUGCCAACGGUUUCCUUUCCGCCGCGUGCCACUGUUCGCGCUGCCGCUCGCUGCCAUGGGCUCCCGCCGCCUCUCGACUCCCCUGGGCCGGGCGCUGCUGCUGCUGGUGGGCCUCGCCUUCUGCCUCGCCUACCUGAGCGGCGUGGCCGCCGAGAGGGAGGAAGCCGGAUGUGGAAGCCAUAGCUGCAGUUCCUGUCUGAAUAGUACCAAUUCAAACUCUAGCUGUUAUUGGCUUGAGUGCAAAGAAGUGAAUCAGUCCCGAUGCACAAAUCGAACAGAAGAACAUGCCAAUUGUACUGUUUAUAAUCAUCUUGAACAAUGUUCAACUACUCCUGCCAGUACCACAGCCAGUGCUCCUGCCAGUACCACAACCAGCACCUCUGCUCAAGGUAACACGACGCACACCGUUUCACCUAAAGUGCCAACGACUAGUGCUAAUACUACAGUAACCACUACUACUAUACCAGGUACGCAACCACCCCGCAAAUCCACGUUUGACGCAUCCAGCUUUAUUGGUGGGAUUGUCCUUGUGUUGGGUCUUCAAGCAGUAAUCUUCUUCCUGUACAAGUUUUGCAAAUCCAAAGAUCAAAACUAUCAUACCCUCUAGGAUGCUGCUUUUCAGUGAACUCAUAGCUCAAUGUCUGUGGUUAGCUGAAUCAAAACAUCUUUAUUCCUUAUAGAAGACUGCAAUUCAAAAUAUUCUUAUUCUUCAAGAAGACUUCUUUCAAAGAAUAUUUUUGCAACAUGCUUGGAAGAAGAUUGUGUGAAUCAUGUCUUAAUCUGCAAGAAUACUCGCAAUAUUCUGCAUGAACCCUUACUGGCUGUAUUAAAUUUAGUGGCUGCUGCUGUGGAACCUUUUCACUGUACUCAGCAUGCCAAUUGUAGAUUUGUAUUCAGUGGCAGCAGUGUCGCAGUAGAUAACUUUAUAAUUGCAGUGGUUAAAUCAGCUAGCCUUAGUUAUAAUAUCCCCUUACGAUGUUAUUCAAAUGUGAACUACUGAUGACUUGGCAUAAAACACUAUUUGUGUGAAAACUAUAGCUUAUAUAGUGUAUUGCUAAGAGAUUGGGAUAGGUUUGUUGAAGUUAAUACUGUCUCUCUCCCCCCCGCCCCCUUUAUGGAAGCCCAUAUUUUUUCUAUAUUUGAUGAUAGCAAAAGGAAAACUGUGUCCUAAUUUAUGGAGCCAUAGGAAGAAGCUGAUCAUCAAAGAGAUGUAUUUUUUCCUUUGUACAUAGGGGAGAAAGACCAGUGCCUUAACGAAUAGUAUGCUGACUGAAGUGUCUGUGCCCUCUUAUUUGUUUGAGGUUCAGUGGAUGUCAUUUCAUUUCUAGCACAUUUUUUCCCACAGAGAUCAAUUUAAUUUUAAAUAACAUAGACAUGGAAAGAGAUCUGUUUUCUUUCUUCAUGUGCUACUUGUUAUGCCGUGUCUUUGGAGCCUUCAAAUUACUUGCCUUGGAAAGUACCAUUAGCAUUCUCUCCAUUGAGAGUACUAUAUUCAGUUGGUGUUCUUAGUGCUUACCCUUACCCAAUAUUUCAGAGUUGCUGCAAUUUUUGAUGGCUUUGUUUAAGAGAUGCUGCAAUUUUUGAUGGCUUUAUGACUAAUAUGAUUGAUUCUCUGUUCCCAUAUAGCAAUAGAGUUGAACACUUGGAGCUACUUUAGCUUGUGAUUGGUGUUUAUUUUUCAGGUUAUGCGGAUCAUAGUUUAAAAAAUUAGAAAUCCAGUUUACAGGCUCCCUAUUAAGUGCGGCUUCUAAAUGUACCCUUGUGGAACUAGAGAAGUUACAUAGAAAGCAGAGCUUGCUUGAUAGCAAUAUUUGGAUUUAUAGUUUAUUGUGAGGAAAGGUAUAAGUCUGAAGCCCUUCAAGCUUGAAUAGUAUUCAUUUCAAUAAUGUUGCAUUAAAAGUUUGUUUAUAAGAAUACACAGCAAAGAGUACUGUAACUUAAACUUUCAGGCAAAUGCACUCAUAAUAAAAUAAGACAAUCAGCUCAGGUGUAUGAAACAGUGAAUUGACCAGCCAGUUGUCAGCAAACAAUGUGUCUGAAUUGGGUGGUCUUUAUGGCCUUACAGCAGUCACUUAAUCUAGUUCCCUCUCUUGUAGUUUCAUAAACUUUAGGUUAAGGAUCUGAACAUAGUAUAAAAUGUAAUACUUAAGUAUAAAAUAAUGCACUUCUAAAGGGGUGGCAGUUGUUGAAAAGGAGAACUUGUACCCUACAUAAGCUUAUCCUUAAGAUGAGUAGACUUCUAAAAGCAGUUUAGUGUUGCUUCCUUAUUGGCUCUUACUUUAUUUUGCAAGCUUGCAGCAGAAGGGUUCAAGAUGCAAACAGUGCCACAUACAAUUGAAAAUUGAGCCAAUAUUGUUACUGAUCCAGGAAUAAUUGCUGUUUAAAAAUCAUCAAAUAACCAUGCAUUUUGUACUGAUCUUAAAAUUAUUAAUUCUGUUUUAAGUGCCUUAAGCUUUCUUAAUGUUUGGCCUCAUGUCUGAAGAAAUAGGAGGAGGAGAAUCGUAGUCAUUAAACUUGCCCCUGUGCCAACAAUUGCUAUUUUCCAAGGACUUCAGGAAAUUCAGGUGCCACUCCUGCUAUUCAGGAAGUUUGCAUUUUCUACUUAGCUAGGAUAUAGCUGUGUGUGUAGUAUUUAGGAUAACUUGGUCUUCAUGCUGUUGCAUAUAUACUUGGUUACUUAGAUCAUGUUUUGAUCAGCAGUUUACCGAAAUUCAGGCUAAGACUGUGAAGGAUUUCCACUUACACUUCUAUAAAUGGAUGGGUGAAUUUUUGUUGGCAGUUUUGUCAUGUUACGGAAGCUGGAUAACUUGCAAAUACCUAGAAUAACUUUCACAGCAUCCAUCUCCUAUUUGAAGUAUAAGAGGUUUUUAAAAAAUUAAAAAACUUCCUGUGUUGAACAGCUAACCCUGUGGCCUCUCUAAAGCAGUAAGUUGUGAUUUUCAAACUUCAUCUGGAUUGUUUCAAAAACCGAGGUGUGCAAGUAUAUUGCAUCACAAAUGGAAUGUUAGAUCUUACUGUAUUGCAUAUGUGUUGUCUUCAGUAGAAGAAAUACAAAGUUAUAAUCACAAAACCAAAAAUAAUAAAUGAUUACUAAAAUGUU